AAUAUAUCUGUAGAAAUUACAACAAAAAUUUAGAUUUUCAGCUACUCUGAAUCUACCUUCAAUCGUUUGGAAUUGAAAAACCUUUCCUUUAAUUUCAAAGAGUCGCUCAAUUAGGGUUUACGAUAAAUGGAGAAGAAGAAGGUGACGAUUCCACAAGUCUGUCAUGGACAUUCAAGACCUGUUGUUGAUUUGUUCUACAGUCCAAUUACGCCUGAUGGUUUCUUCCUUAUCAGCGCUAGCAAAGAUUCGCAUCCAAUGUUGAGAAAUGGGGAAACUGGAGACUGGAUUGGUACAUUUGAAGGGCAUAAAGGUGCAGUGUGGAGUUCAUGUCUGGAUAACAAUGCAUUACGUGCUGCAUCUGCUUCAGCCGAUUUUUCAGCCAAACUUUGGGAUGCGUUAACAGGGGAUGUGCUGCAUUCUUUUGAGCACAAGCAUAUUGUUCGAGCAUGCGCCUUCUCAGAGGAUACAAAAUUGUUGCUCACAGGAGGGUUUGAGAAAAUUCUUCGCGUUUUUGACAUGAAUCGGUUGGAUGCACCUCCUACAGAAGUUGAUAAAUCUCCUGGUUCUAUCAGAACCCUCACAUGGCUUCACAGUGAUCAAACAAUAUUAAGUUCCUGCACUGAUAUUGGCGGUGUAAGGUUAUGGGAUGUGAGGAGUGGGAAAAUUGUCCAAACGUUAGAAACUAAGUCUCCUGUAACCAGUGCUGAAGUGAGCCAAGAUGGACGGUAUAUAACAACUGCAGAUGGGUCAACUGUUAAAUUCUGGGACGCGAACCACUUUGGACUAGUUAAGAGUUACGACAUGCCCUGCAAUAUCGAAUCUGCAUCGUUGGAGCCAAAGUCUGGUGAAAAGUUUGUUGCUGGUGGAGAGGAUAUGUGGGUCCGAGUGUUUGACUUCUAUACUGGCGAGGAGAUUGGAUGCAACAAGGGACAUCACGGUCCAGUACACUGCGUUAGGUUUACCCCCACUGGCCUGUCUUAUGCCUCGGGAUCUGAAGACGGAACCAUCAGAAUCUGGCAAACAACACCAGCCAAUCCCGAAGAGAAUGAAACAAGCUCGAGGAGAGUGAAACAUAGCGUGGAUGAAGUUUCAAAGAAGAUUGAAGGCUUUCACAUCAACAAAGAAGGAAAAACCGCAGAGAAACCAUCUGAUACUUAAGCUAAAAUGAGCGUAUAAAAAGCCUCUAUAUGUCUUAGUUCUUGAUUUGCUGUGUUUUAUUUCCAGACUAAAUGAAUAUACAGAGAAAACAAACAAACGAAAAUCUCUCUCUUCUUUUGAAUCAAAUCAAGCUAUGGGUGUUAA